ACCCAUGUUGUUGGUUGCAUAAAAAAGCUAAAAUGGCUGUGAUUGUUUAUUGCUGUAUUUCAGUGAACAUUUUAACACUAUUUCUGUGUUCAAAACAAAUUAAAAUAUCUCAAUCUUUAUAAAUAUGUUAUUUUUAAUACCUAAUCAGAAUAUUUAAAUAAUUAACUUGAGAAAAUAAGAUGUCUCAAUGUUACAUCAUGAGCGUGAACAGGGUUGUGACCUCGAAUGCUGGGAAUACUAGUACCGUCAAUCCUCCAGCAGCAAAGGAAAAAGUCAUGUCUUAUGAGGAGAAGACUGUAGGUUCCACUCCUUUCUUUAAAUGCGAAGCGUGCCCGUACAUGGCACUUGCGGAAGACGAUAUAAAGUUCCAUCUUUUCACUGUCCAUCCUGAAUUGGCAAAGACAAAUGGACUCGCAGACAACAUCCAGAUCAACUGCCCAGGCUGCGUGAGCAUUUUUGACGCCGAGGAGACUCUUAGAAACCAUUUACGGAACCACCACAAAAUGGGCAUUAAAGAUGUGAAGAAAAUGGUAAAAAGUCUCGUUCAAAUAGCUCUCAAAGACGCAAAAUUGAAGAAAGAAGAUAAAACACCUGAUCCACCUCCUGGGCCUAUUAGACAAGAAAUAGCUGAAGUCAAGAUACCACAACUGAUAGAAAUAGUACCUGAUGUAAGUGCAAAUAAUGAAUCUCUGCCAAAAGGCGUGGCUUUUAUAUCAGUAGACGAAUUAAAUAAAAUGAGCACUCCUAACUUCGAAAAGGUGGACCCGAAAGAGAUCAUACAGGAAGCAAGUAUUAACAUUGUGUAUACUAAUGAAGUGGCUGCUCAAUUUGUGAAUGUGAGUAAUACAGGGACUUCAAACACAAACUGUAGUGUUCUGCAAGUAUCUAGUGUGACACCAGACCUGAUAUCCUCUAUACAGCCGCAUGUGGCCGCAGUUAUUGACAAGACCAGGUUAUCUCCACCACGGACAAUAGAAAAUAAUAUAGAUUCAAAGUCACACAUACCACAAGUACUGAAACCCUGUCUGUCUGUGGGACCAAUCUCAUGCACUCUCAAAGACCAUGACCUUAAAGAUCACAGUUUAAGUGAACAUGAAAGAGAAAUGAAGCUAGGCAAACUGUGUUCUGUAAAUAAUUGUGUAUUACGUCUUAAAGAUGAAAACAAGCUUGCAUACCAUAGAAAAUGUCACCGGAAUGGACAGCUUCAUUGUCCAGAGUGUGUAAAAGUGUUUGUUACUGUUGAAGUUCUUCACACACAUUUAUGGAAGGAGCACGCUGUUGAUAUAGAACUACCUACAUGUGAAAUAUGUGGCUUCAAGACUUAUAGCAAAUACAGACUUUAUAAUGUACACAUGAAGUGUCAUAGGAAGAUUAAAGCAUAUUCAUGUCCACACUGUUCCAAAUGCUUCAAGAAUUCCAAUCAGCUGGCGAAACACAAGAUGAUCCAUAAGAAGGAGGAGGUGGUUCCCACCACUACACAGUGUUCCAUCUGUCAGUUGCAGUUUUCAAGUGAACGUAGGAUGAAAGCGCAUGUUGCAGCUGUCCAUGAAAAGCUAAGACCGUUCAAAUGUCCUCAAUGUGAUUUCACCGCUGCUAGGAAACCGGAGAUAAAGUUACAUCUAAGGUCACAUACAGGUGACAAACCUUACGCCUGUGACCAGUGCAUGUAUCGAUCAGCCGACCACAACGCCAUGCGGCGUCACAAGAAGUCACACGGCAAAGAAAGUGCUUACAAGUGCAAGUAUUGCCCGUUUAGCACCAUACAGUCUACCUGCUUCACUUCACACAUGAUCUCCAAACAUCCGAACAUAAACUCUGAUGACGUCCAUCGUUGCCCAUAUUGCCGGUUCAAAACCGUCAAUAAAGAUAAGUAUGUCGUUCAUCUUACAACACACACAGACAAAGAAGGAAUCCAAUUGCUCAUAGAAAUGACGAAAAACAUCAAAAAUAAACCAAGUUGGACGAUUCCUAGCGACAACAGUGACAAAAAUUCUAGUGAACAAGUUUCUCAAGACCAAAAUAAGGAACCAGAUGAUAAAAUUGACUCUUCUAUAGAUGUUGAAGUCUACGAUUGCGAUAGUAUAUCAGAAAGCUUGCCUCAAGACUAUUCAAAAACUUUCACUACUAAUACAAGUAAUGUACAACAGACAGAUUUUAAUAAUCAGGUUAUGGUACAAGAUUUGAGUAAAGACGAUAAUAAUUCUGACUGUCUUAUAUCUGAAAGCUCCAACGACACUAUGAUGGAAAGACAUCAGUACGCCCCUCAGCUUCCUUUACAAAUGGCGUAUGACAACCCUCAGUCAAAUCUUCAUGGCUUUUUGAAUACUUCAGUGUCGAUGGAGCAAAAUUUACUACAGAAUAACAAUGUAAAUUCUCUCGCAACUAGUCAUUCUUCUAUCGGAGGCAACAUCGGUAAUAACAUAAUGAGUAACUUCCCAAUUCGACUUCCACAUGCACCACAAAUAUCAGUAAGAAAUAACAUUACUCUUAAACCAGUAGACAAAAUAUCUAUUCCUUUAACUACUAAAGUGACUGGUCCUAUCAUCACACCUACUCAAAUUCUCCCCGUGCCGUCGUCAAGCAACUCGCCUGUGAACAUGACGAAUGAUCCUGAAGGAGCGCCGAGGAAGAAGCCAAAGAUAUCAGUAAAAAGUAACUUAAUACUCAAAGGACCUGAUCAAGUAAAUAUGUUCCAUUCACAGCAGAAAAUGGCAUUUAAGCGGUUGGAAGACAAUGAAAGAUUUGGUUUAGGAGGGCCUGUGACCUUUAAUAACUUAAUCACAACGCAGUUCAUGCAACUACAGCCUGAACCAACUCUAAGUGAAUCUCCUAAUAACAUAAUGCCUUAUCCUCAAGACACGUUGAUGGUGGACACGGCGAAUACUCCAGUGGACAAUGGGAUCAAUGACACGUCGCAAAUAUUCACGUUCAACCAGCAGAUGAAUGUCAACCAGAUGACGAUGUUACCCCCUCCACAGAAGAUUCAAACCAACGAUCCUAGUUAUAUCAAGCUGGAGGCUACGAUAAAACAAAACACACAGUCGCCAAGUCUAGAAAGAAUGUGCAACGCGAAUCUUCUGAGUAACCAAGCCCUGAAUCGCGAGUAUAAAGCUUCGCCACCUUUAGAAGACAUACACAAAAAUAUGAAUGAGAUAAAAAAUGAAGUGAAAUCCGACACUUACUACAACCUUACGUUGAACAAUAACGCAACAAACCCAUCUGUGAUCGAUCAGUAUUUAAUAGACAAUAUAAUAGGAGAACAGUAUAAUGGACACUUAGAUCUUUCUGCUGUAGUACUGCCAGAGGUUUCCGAUGACCAACAGAAUGACGUCAUAGAAAUAGAUGACAAUUCUGAUGAUAAUAAAUUGCUUCCACGAUUUGAUAUGAACUUUCCUCUAGAAUCCCUGUAUCUCAUGCAUAAUGACUUUCACUUUUUAGAGAAUGAUGUAUCAGCUAACACCAUGCCAGCUGAUGUGAACGACAUGAACAGAAUAGUCCCGGAAAUCCCCAUUAUAAAUCAGAAAGAUAAUUUAGAGAUGUCCGAUAGCUCAAAUAAUGAUUUCCAAAAUUUUAUUCAAGGAAAAAAGGACCCUAUGAUGAAUACUUCAGUUAGACCGACGACUAAUAAAAUAAAUGUUAAAAAUAUAGAAUUAAUGAAAAACUAAUGUACGUAUACAGGGUGUUAGUGACAUCGCAACGAAAACUUUGAGGAAUGAUUCAGACCAUGAUUCUGAGUGAUUAUCAAGUGGAAUUUGCAAAAAUAUGGAACUGAAAAUAAUUAAAAAAUAAACGCUAAAAUUAUCAUGAAUUUUCCGAUAGGAAAUUCCACUUGAUAACAACUUAAAAUUAUGGUCUGAAUCAUCCCCCUCAGUAUUUGUUACGGUGUCACUAACACCCAUACGCACUUGUAUGGCUAGCUGUACAUACUUGUACGGGGUGUAAGUGACAUCGUAAUUAAUACUGAGGGGCGUGAUUCAGUUUAAUAUUCUGAAUGAAUAUCAAGUGCAAUUUUCCAUCGCAAAAGUAAAGAUUAUUCCACUUGAUACCCAUUAACUCGGAAUCAUGGUCUGAAUCAUCCCCCUCAGUAUUAGUUGCGGUGUCACUAACACCCUGUAUGAUUAUACAUCGUAAGUAAAAGACUGUUUAAUGUUAUGAUUAUGUUAUUUAUUUAAUACUGUAGAGGAAUGAUACAAUUGUUUUACAAUAUACGGCUAUAAAAUCUU